AUGUCUCGGCGCAAGCAGGCCAAGCCCCAGCACCUCAAGUCGGACGAGGAGCUGCCGCCGCCGGACGGGGCUCCGGAGCACGGCGCCCCGGGGGACGGCGCGGAGGAGGCGGACAGCGGGCCCGAGAGCCGCAGCGCGGGCGAGGAGACCAGUGUCUGCGAGCAGUGCUGUGCCGAGUUCUUCAAGUGGGCCGACUUCCUGCAGCACAAGAAGAACUGCACCAAGAACCCGCCGGUGCUGAUCGUGCACGAGGAUGAGCCCGCGCCGCCCUCCGAGGACUUUCCGGAACCUUCUCCCGCCAGCUCCCCCAGCGAGCACACGGAGAGUGAGGCCGCCGAGGAGGCGGAGGGCGCGGAGGCCGAGGCGCGCGCGGCGGGCAGGGAGGCCCGGGAGGCCCGGGAGGCCGAGCCCAUGGACGUGGAGCCCCCAGCGGAGCAGGGCUUGGCUGGCCCCAGCGCCCCCAGCGCAGCCCGGCCUGCUCCCGUGCCCGCGCCCGCGCCUGCUUACAGCAUGCCAAGCACCAACGUGACGCUGGAGACGCUGCUCAGCACCAAGGUGGCCGUGGCGCAGUUCUCCCAAGGCGCGCGGGCGGCGGGCGGCACGGGCGCGGGCGCCGGGGUGGCGGCGGCGGCAGUGCCCAUGAUCCUGGAGCAGCUCCUGGCCCUGCAGCAGCAGCAGAUCCACCAGCUGCAGCUCAUCGAGCAGAUCCGCAGCCAGGUGGCCCUGAUGCACCGCCAGCCCCUGCGGCCCUCGCUCAGCCCCGCGGCUGCCCCAAACGCGCCGGCGCCCACCCCCAGCCAGCUGCCGGGGCUGACUGCGCCCCCCACCCUGCAACUCUCGGCCACCGCCCCCGGCCCCACCGCCCCUGCUGCCUUUGAGGGCCCGCAGCCCCUGUCGCGGCCCGCAUCUGGCUCCAGCACCCCCGGCGGCCCGGCGGCGCCCUCUGAACCCGCAGCCCCCAGCGCCACCCCAGGCCCCACCCCGGGCGCCCCGCAGCCCCCAAACGCCGCCACGCCCCCUGCCCUAGGCCCCGCACCAACGCCGGGCUCGGCCCCCAGCCUGCCCGGCCCCAGCCUGCCGACCCCGCUUCUACCUCACACCUCCUCGAGCAGCGUCAUCUUCCCCAACCCUCUGGUCAGCAUCGCGGCCACGGCCAACGCCCUGGACCCCCUGUCGGCCCUCAUGAAGCACCGCAAGGGCAAGCCCCCCAACGUGUCGGUGUUCGAGCCCAAGGCCAGCGCCGAGGACCCCUUCUUCAAGCACAAGUGCAGGUUCUGCGCCAAGGUCUUCGGCAGCGACAGCGCGCUGCAGAUCCACCUGCGCUCGCACACGGGCGAGCGGCCCUUCAAGUGCAACAUCUGCGGGAACCGCUUCUCCACCAAAGGCAACCUGAAGGUGCACUUCCAGAGGCACAAGGAGAAGUACCCCCACAUCCAGAUGAACCCCUACCCCGUUCCGGAGUACCUCGACAACGUGCCCACCUGCUCGGGCAUCCCCUACGGCAUGUCACUGCCCCCGGAGAAGCCCGUGACCACUUGGCUGGACAGCAAGCCCGUGCUGCCCACGGUACCCACGUCAGUGGGGCUGCAGCUGCCCCCCACCGUCCCCGGCACCCACGGCUACGCCGACUCCCCCAGCGUCACCCCUGCCAGCCGCUCCCCGCAGAGGCCCUCCCCCGCCUCCAGCGAGUGCACCUCCCUGUCCCCCGGUCUUAACAACCCUGAGUCUGGCAUCCUGGUGGCCGCUGAGUCCCCACAGCCGCUCCUCAGCGCGUCCCUGACGAAGCCCGAGCCGCUGGGCCUGCCCAGCACGAACGCAAGGGCCGGGGACACCCCGGCCGCAGGCCCGGCCUGCUCUGCGCCCACCUCUGCCGCCAGCGCCGGCCCGGCCAGCGAUGCGUCCGCGGGCCUGGGAAGCCCCGGGCUCUCGGCGGUCCCCGACCCGUUCAAGGCACAGUUUCCCUUCGGUGGGCUGCUGGACUCUAUGCAAACUUCAGAAACCUCAAAGCUGCAGCAGCUGGUGGAGAACAUCGACAAGAAGAUGACGGAUCCUAACCAGUGUGUCAUCUGCCACCGCGUGCUGAGCUGCCAGAGCGCCCUGAAGAUGCACUACCGGACGCACACCGGGGAGCGGCCCUUCAAGUGCAAGAUCUGUGGCCGCGCCUUCACCACCAAGGGCAACCUGAAGACGCACUUCGGCGUGCACCGCGCCAAGCCGCCCCUGAGGGUGCAGCACUCCUGCCCCAUCUGCCAGAAGAAGUUCACGAACGCCGUGGUGCUCCAGCAGCACAUCCGCAUGCACACGGGCGGACAGAUCCCCAACACGCCCCUGCCCGAGGGCUUCCAGGACGCCAUGGACUCGGAGCUCAGCUACGAGGAGAAGAACGCGGAGACCCUGAGCAGCUACGACGAUGACAUCGACGACAAUUCCAUGGAGGAGGACGCGGAGCUGAAGGACGCCACUAGCGACCCCUCGAAGCCACUGCUGUCAUUCGCAGGGUCCUGCCCGCCCUCGCCACCCUCGGUCAUCUCCAGCAUUGCUGCCCUUGAGAAUCAGAUGAAGAUGAUCGACUCUGUCAUGAACUGCCAGCAGCUGACCAGCUUGAAGUCCGUGGAAAAUGGGUCCGGGGAGAGUGACCACCUGAGCAACGACUCCUCAUCAGCCGUGGGUGACCUGGAGAGCCGCAGCGCGGGCAGCCCGGCGCUGUCCGAGUCCUCCUCCUCGCAGGCGCUGUCCCCCGCCAACAGCAAUGGCGAGAGCUUCCGCUCCAAGUCGCCGGGCCUGGGCGCGCAGGUGGAGCCACAGGAGAUCGUGCUCAAGACUGAAAGGCCAGACAGCCCGCCCCCGGCCCCAGGAAACGGAGGCGCCCUGGACCUGAGAGCUGGCCCUCCGUGCCGGCCAGCCAUCAAGGAGGAAGCCCCCUUCAGCCUGCUGUUCCUGAGCAGAGAGCGGGGUAAGUGUUGGAGCACUGUGUGUGGUGUCUGUGGCAAGCCCUUUGCUUGCAAGAGCGCGUUGGAAAUCCACUACCGCAGCCAUACUAAGGAGCGGCCGUUUGUCUGCACAGUCUGCAGGCGCGGGUGCUCCACUAUGGGUAAUUUAAAACAGCACUUACUGACGCACAGAUUGAAAGAGCUGCCUUCUCAGGUGUUUGACCCCAACUUUGCUCUAGGUCCCAGCCAAAGCACUCCUAGCCUGAUCUCCAGCACGGCGCCCAUGAUCAAAACGGAAGUGAACGGCCACAGCAAGGCCAUCUCGCUGGGCGAGGGCCCGCCACUGCCGGCGGGAGUCCAGGUCCCUGCUGGGCCUCAGACAGUGAUGAGCCCGGGCCUCGCACCCAUGCUGGCCCCCCCACCGCGCCGGACGCCCAAGCAGCACAACUGCCAGUCCUGCGGUAAGACCUUCUCCUCGGCCAGUGCCCUGCAGAUCCAUGAGCGAACCCACACCGGGGAGAAACCGUUCGGCUGUACCAUCUGCGGCAGGGCCUUCACCACCAAGGGCAACCUCAAGGUGCACAUGGGGACGCACAUGUGGAAUAAUGCCCCUGCCCGGCGUGGCCGCCGCCUCUCGGUGGAAAACCCCAUGGCGCUGCUAGGGGGCGACGCCCUGAAGUUCUCGGAAAUGUUCCAGAAGGAUCUGGCAGCUCGAGCAAUGAACGUCGACCCCAGCUUCUGGAACCAGUACGCUGCAGCGCUCACAAACGGGCUUGCCAUGAAGAACAAUGAGAUCUCUGUCAUCCAGAACGGAGGCGUCCCCCAGCUUCCAGUGAGUCUGGGGGCAGGUGCCAUGCCCCCCUUGGGCACAGUGGCUGGGGGCAUGGACAAAGCACGCACCGGCAACAGCCCGCCCCUCGUGGGAUUGGACAAGGCUGGCUCGGAAACGACAGCCAGCCGUCCCUUCACGAGGUUCAUUGAGGACAACAAGGAGAUUGGCAUAAACUAG